AUGCCUUCCUCAGAGAAAGCAAAUCUGCAAGCCCACCUCAACAACCAAAACCAAAACCAACCUCGCGACCUACCACCAGCAUAUGAAAACACCGUCCUCACAACACCAACAUCGCGCCCCAAUCUCACCUCGGGGAUCAGCAAUACCAGCAACACCACUCUCCAACCCCAACACCAACCUCACAACAAACUCCACAUCCCCUCGCAAAACCCCUUAACGACGCUCUCACGUCUCGCCGCCAUAAACCUCUCAGCCUACGGGGUCCGGGACGCAGCGCUCUCAGACGACCGCACGACCCUCACGACCUCCAAACCCGAACUCACCAGCACGCAAUAUGCACUGGCGAAGUUCAUACACGACCAAGCCUCGCUACCGCCCAAGCCACUAAUGGUCGUGCGCGGCACACACGCCUCAUACAGCGUCAACGGCGGCACAGCGGUAGAUUUCGAGCUCCGCCUCAAUUUGAUGGGGAUGCUGGAUCUCGACACGGCGCCAGAUUUCGACGGGACAGGACGCAGCCGGAUCAGAGUCAAGGCGUUCCAACCCACCUCUGGAUCAUCAUCAACACCUCAGAGCAGCAGCUCGAAGCGACCCGGCGGCAGCAACAGCAACCGCUCGACGUCUUCCCAAAACGACGACGACGCGAACCCGCUCGACGCCUGGAUCCGGCUGUUCACCGAAGACAGCAAGACGAAAGCGGACAACCGCACGUUCACGCUGACGCGCGUGGCGCUGAACCUGCCGUGCGCGAUCCUCGAGGGCCAGGUGCGCACGCUCAUCGCCGCGACCAAAUACCGCGGCAAAGUCACCGUCGAGUUCCCUCUACUGCAUCGCCAUGUCGUCGUGCAGCGGCAGAAUGGGAAUUGGUUUACGAAUCUCUUGAAUAUUACGCCGACGAGGAAAUUUGAUGUUGUGGAGAGUGUUUGGACGGUUGGUGGGGUUGGUGGGGAUGCGCAAGGCGGGUUUGCCGGGGAAGGGGGGAGUAGUGGUGGUGGUGGUGGGAGCAGUGGGAAUGGGAAUGGGAGUGAUAGUGAAGGGGAGAGGAAUGGGAGAGCGGGUUUGGUGGCCCAGGAGUGGUGGAAGGAGUGGCAGGGUGCCAUUUGGAAUGCGGUCCUUGCGGGCAGGAAGGGUUGGGUCACAGUCGAGGAUUACGUUGAGGCGAGGAUGGGCAUCAGAGAGAAGGAAAAGGGGAGGGAGUGGGGUGUUGAUCAUCAGUCAUGA